UUUUUAGUGUACAGAGAAAAGUUGAAAUUAAAAGACGAAUAACUUAAUAAUUUGUUGAAAAUUAGAAAAAUCCGCCGAAGACGAGUUGAUUUCAAUACAAAAAAAAAAUUUAAAAAAUUAAAAGCAAAAUAAGAAAAAAAUUUUGUGUAUUUUUUUUGUGCCUUCACAUUUCUUGAUUUGUUUUUUUUGCUUUUGAUAGCGUGGAUUAUUUAUUUAGAAACAAGAAAAAAUAAAAUAAAAAAACGUUUUUUAUUAAAAUAUUUUUAACGUUUUUUUGCCUCUUAAUAAAAAAUAAUUGUCGGCGGUAUACGUUGAUUUUUUCCAAUAUUACCUACAUUUAUACAAAUUUAAUAUUUUUUAAUAUAAAAGUUUUUAAAUUAAUUAAGGAAUAAAAUGUCUAUUAAUCGAGCACCAAAAUCAGGAUUUGCAGCCGAAGCACAGAGAAAGAUUAACUCAAAAUAUAGCGAAGAAUUGGCACAAGAAAGUUUAGAAUGGAUCAAAGAACUAACAGGUGAACCAAUUAAUACUUCCGGUGAUAUGGAUAAUUUCUUUGAAGUUCUUAAAGAUGGUGUACUUUUAUGUAAAUUGGCAAACUGUAUUCAACCUGGUUCAGUUAAAAAAAUUAAUGAAAGUAAAAUGGCUUUUAAAUGUAUGGAAAAUAUUUCUGCAUUUUUAGAAUGUGCCAAAAAAUUCGGUGUACCAGUACAAGAAACAUUCCAAAGUGUUGAUCUCUGGGAACGUCAAAAUCUUAAUUCUGUUGUUAUAUGUGUCCAAUCUCUUGGCAGAAAGGCUCAUAAUUUCGGUAAACCAUCAAUUGGACCAAAAGAGGCUGAUAAAAAUGUUCGUCAAUUUAGUGAAGAACAAUUACGUGCCGGUCAAAAUAUCAUCUCUUUACAAUAUGGCUCAAAUAAAGGAGCUAAUCAAAGUGGUAUUAAUUUCGGUAAUACAAGACAUAUGUAAAAUAUAUGUUUUUAAAAAAAAUUUAUAAGAAAAAAAAAAACAAAUUCGAAAAAAAUAUAUAAAAAGAAUUAUUUAAAUCACCUUUAAAAUGAAAUAAAGCAAAAAACAAAAAAAUUUAAAGAAAUUCUAACAUAAUUAUAUUAAAUGUAAAGUUGCAAAUUGAAUUUUUUAAUAAUUUUGAAAAAAAAAAUCAUUUAUUUUAAAAAAAUUUUUCUCUAAACUUGCAAAAGAUUCAUAAGUAUAACUUUAAAUUUGUACUUAUUAUUAAAAAAAAAGUAUAAUUAAUUUUUUAAAUUUAUUUUUGUAAGAAAAUCCAAAUUAUAAAUUUUAUUUUUUAAUUUAAACAUUCCCGUAAAGACAUUCAAAAGCUAUUUUUUUUUUAUUUAAAUUUAUUUUUUUUUUUUUCUAAAUGUAUGUAAUUUAAUAAUUUUAAGAGAAUACAAAAAAUAUUGUAUAUUUUUUGAUAAACAAAAAUAAUAUUAGAAAAUUUUAUAACUAUCAUGCGAUUAAUUAAUUUUUUGAAUUUAAUAUUUAAAAUUUAUAAUACUAAAAAUAGUUGGCACUUUAUUUAAUGAAUUUAUAUAAGUAGCUUAAAAUAAAUUUUUCUAAAUUAAUAUGAAAAUAUUUCGUUAAAUUUAUUUUUAAUUUUUUUUUUAAGUUAUUUUAUUUAACAUAAAAUAAAAUUACAGAACAAAAUUUAUGCCAAACUUUCUGAAAUUAAAAUAUUUAUAUUGCAAUUUUAAUUAAUUUUGAAUUUCGAUUGAAAUAUAUAAGAAUUUUUUAAUAAAAUUUAUAGAUUUCAAAUUUUUCUGUAGAUGGAAGAUGAUAUUCAUGUUGUUCAUGUUGUAAAUUAAAAUAUAAUUAAACUAUUUUUUUUUAUAAUUUAAUUUCUUUUAAUAUUAUAAUUAUUUUAAGCUACUUAUAUAAUAUUUAUUUCAUUAACUUACACUUAAUAUAACAAUUUAAAAUUUUACUUUUAAAAUUAAAUUAAUCAAUUAAACAACAUUAUUCAAAAAUAAAAAAUAAAAUAAAUAAUAAUUUUUAGUGCCAUUUUGCAUUUAACAAACAAAAAAAAAAAUUAAUUAAUUUACAAACUAAAAAACAAGAAAGAAUAUAUAAAAAAAAAAUACUUUUUAUAAACUAUACAUUUAUUAUAUUUAAAACAAGAAAAAAAAAACAAAACAAAGAAAAACAAAAUUAUAAAACACAGGGUUUUAAAAAAACAAUGUUCAUAAUUUUUUCUGGGAUCAUUUUUAAUAAUAAUAAUAAUUAAAAUAUAAAAAUUUAUAUUUCAUUUUUGAAAAUUUUUUUUUCUAACCUACAUAUUUUUCUUAUACACAACAAAAAAUUCUAAAUCCUAAUGUUGUUCUUCGUUUUUUUUUUAAUAAAUAAAACUGUGUACUAAAUCAAAAAUAUUUUCAAUAAAAAUAUUUAUAAUAUUAUUAUUGUUAUUUAUAAAUAAAUAAAAUAUAUAUAUUUAUAAAAUAAAAAUGAAAAUUUACAUACGUUAUGUAAUCAUUAAUUACAUAUAUAUUUUUUUAAUAGAAAAUGUUGUAAACAUUAAAAAAUUUUCUUCCAAAAAAAUUGGAAAAAAAAAAUAACAAAAAUAUUUUUUAAAAAUUAUUUAACAAAUGAAAUGAAAAUUUUUCUUUUUUCCAAUGUUACCUAAAAUCAAAUUAAAAUCUAAUCUAAAUAAAGAAAAGAAUAAUUGCCUUAAAACUGUUAUUAAAUAAAUAACAAAAAAAAAAAUACAAUGAAAAUUUAAAAGAAAAACAAUUUAUUUUUAAAAAUAAAAUAUUAAAAUAUUUUUUAAAAAAAUUUAAGAACUAAUAAAAUGACUCUAUGAAAUAUUUUUUUUUUUGUGUCUUUAGAUCUUAUAUAAUAUUAUAAAUAAUAUAUAUAUAUACUACUGUUAAUAAGAAAUGUUGAAUGAAGUAAUUAAUAAAUAAAAAAAUUAAA